AUGUCCUGCGGCCAGCGACCUCCUAAAAAAACUUGGGACAAGCCAAAGCAUACCAGAGUAAUCAAGCCAUCUCCAUAUGAAAAAAAUGAAGCAUCCGUCAAACUUCAUUGGAGAAAUGUAGUGCGACGCUUGGAAUCCUCUUAUAAAGAUGAACAGUUUUGGGAGUCUCAAUACAGUACUGUUCGAGAUUUAUUGGAGCCGGUAAUAUUUAAUCGAAUCAUAAAAAUUUUUGAUUUACCGUCGGAAUCAAAAAGGUAUGAACCUCCAGAAGAAGAUAAUAUUUCACUCCUGCCUUCGGAACACUUUUUCGAAGCAACAUCUUUUAUAGAACAAAAUCCGCAACCUCGAAGUCGGAUAACAUUUUCUAUGAUCGAUGUGCAGCGAACACCAAGUGAAGGACAAACGAAAGAACAAUCCGAACAUUGGACAGUUACGUCUCAUGUGUCUUCAGAAUAUAAAAAGCUAAUACGCUCUAGAUCAACCAUAAGGUCGAAAUCAUUAAACGUUUUGAAAUCUCCAUCAAAAUCAACCUUUCCUAAGUUCACCUCGAAAGUUUCCAGAUCACUUUCCAGGAAAUCUAAAUAUUUUAGUUCAGGACUUUUCUCGGAAGACACACCUCCAGAGUCUGAUGAUGACUUAAAAGUACAUCCAAGUGAUAUGGAUACGAAACCUCAAACUCGAAUUGAAAAUCCACACUUUAAUUUUUUAUAUUGCCAUGAAUCUGAAACUGAUAUGAUCAAGUGGCAAUCUAAAUUUAAGCAAAAAGAUUUUGAUGUUUCUGCAUCUGAUCAAUUCAAUAAAAAAGCAGAAAUGGCUACUAAAAAAAUUGCGGCAGAAUUUUUCGAGUGGUGGACAGGGUUAGGUAAUGAAGAAUAUAAAAGUGAAAUUAAACGUCCUGAAGACAUUGAGGACUUAUUUCAGGUUUGGUUUGAUGAACAUGCAUCUCAAGGCUUAAGACUCGAGCCAAAAACUCUUCCUUGCGUCAAUCAAAGUGUUGCUGAUUAUGUUGGCGUGCCUAAGGCUUCAUGUCCAAAUUUUCUGAAAAGGCAAAUAGCGUCUGAUAUACGCGCAGAAAGUAGUCCGGCUCAUACAAAAGCUUUUGGUAAAUGUCUCCCACAAAACCUGAAGCACAUUCCGCCACGAAACAACACUAAGAAGAUUUGGCAUGGCGUAAAGAUACCGGAAGAUCUUCGAUCUAUGUCAUACAUAUGGGGAGAAAUAGAACAUCUAACUUCAACUAAAACCUUUUAUAAUUGGUUAAAACAGCGACCUUACUUACCAAUGCCACAAUACUUUAAAACAAUGGAUAAUUCUGGUGAAAAGAAGCUGUUUGAUGUGCCAUCGGACUAUGUGGUCAAACAGAAAUCGUCGACAUCCAUAACGCAAGAGUUGGCGUUCCCGGUUUCAGAAUUUACUUUAGAAUUGAAGGAAGAAUUGAGCAAAAUUUUAAAUGAGUAA